AAAUCCGAAAAUAAAAUUUGUCCAACAAGCCAGUCACACUUUGUCCAACUUGGAAGCUAGUUUAGAUAAAUAGUUUACAUAAAAAAUAAUUUAUCAAAAAUUGACACGUUAACGCAGAAGUUGACACGUUAAUUGCAGAAGUGACUUUUACUUGUUUUACACAACAAUUUUUCAUCGAAAAAAAUGGUUUUUUUAAACAAAUUUAACAAUCUUCAAAUGAGGAGCCCAAGUUAUUUUUUGACAAUUUCAUUAUUUAUUUUAAAUUUUUUUUCAUUCUUGUUUGGAGUUGGUGUAAUUGUGAUUGCAGUAAUUGGAAAUUCGGUUGAAUUAUUUAGAUUAUUUGAUGUAGGUGAAUCAGAGAAUAAUGAACUCAAAGAUCAUUUAAGUAUAUUUUGUACUGAGAUCAUGCUUAUUGGUACAACUAUAUGCCUAGUCUCAAUUUUUGGUUUGAUAAGUGCUGCAACAAAAAGCACUUUCUGUCUCAAUCUCUAUGCUGCAAUGAAUAUGAUGAUAAUUGUUGGCUUGAUCAUCACAAGUUCAAAUAUUUUAUCCAGAUUUGAAGAUGAUGUUAGAAAAGCGAUGGAAAAAUUUAUUGAAGUUAAUUUUAAUAGUGAUAAAUAUAAUGAGGAAAAAAAUUUUAUUGAUUAUACUCAGAGGAGGCUGAAGUGUUGCGGUAACACUGGCAAAGAAAAUUAUGCUCAAUCUGAAUUUCUUCCAUCAUCCUGUUGUAAGUGGAACAACUGUGAUCUAGAAAAUGUAUACGACAUAGGAUGUAACACUAAAAUUCCUGAAUUAAUGAAUAUGCACAGAUUGGACAUUUUUGCUAUUGAAGAAAGAUUUUUUAUUGCACCUGUUGUUAUUGCUGGAGUUAUCGAGUUAUUUGGAAGCUUACUUGCAUUAAGCAUCGUAUAUUUUAACAGAUCAAAAAUAUUACAUGAAAAAAAAGAGAAUAGUUACGCUGAAAUAUCUGGAAGAAUCUGGUGAAAUGUUAUCACACCAUUGAUCAUCAGAAAUAAUUUGUUUUCUGAAUGUAUUUACAUUUUUCACAUUUAUAAAAUCAAAAUUAACAUAUUAUAAUGAA